GCUGACACGGCGAAUGCACAGUUUCGAAAUUGAUGCAAUCAUGCAAAUUCAGAUCUUGGCAAUAUAUAAGAGCGAGUUCUGGAACCUUAUCUAGUACGAGCGUGCAAUGGUCGCGCCCAUAGAGAAUAUAGGAAUCCAGACGGCGAAGUAUUGCAAUGUGGCCAGUCUAGGAGUUUUGAUUUUUGACUAUUUCUUAACGCUCGAACCUGAAAUUCGAUGGACAUGGAACAGGCGCUGGAACGUCGUUCGUGUUCUUUUUGUAAUCUCACGCUACAUGGCUUUUGUAGCAGCUGCCAUGACUUCAUACGCUGUCCUCGCUACACGAACGAACGAGAAUUGCUCGCACUUCAGCGCGGCUUCAAACGCAACUCAUAUCAUUAGUAUUGUAGCUGCUGAAGGUCUUCUGAUCAUUCGUACAUAUGCGUUCUGGAAACAGAGCAAGAAGCUUUUGGCAGUGUUACUGAUCUUGGCAGUAAUUUGCAUUGCGUGUGGUGUCGGUAUCACAGAUUUUGUUGCUGAUCUACUAGCAGUGCCCGUAAACCCUUCAGCUCCCCCCACAAGCAGCUGCAAUUUUGAAACGAAACGGAGCAGUGCCAUUCAAUAUGGCUUUCUCGUGGCCUACGAAAUAUUGCUGAUGUCUUUAACGGUGUUCAAGAGAUAUGAAUACUACAGUGAUUGCAACGGUCGUCUAGUGAGAGUCAUCUUCCAGGGCGGAGUGCGGUAUAUGACUGCCAUAAUCUUCGUUUCUGUGGUCAAUAUAGUGAUCACAUCUGGGGUGCCAGUAUCAUAUAACGAGAUGAUGGACUUACCACAAGUUGUCCUCCACAGUAUGUUGGCAUCUCGUGUGCUGUUUAGUCUGCGCGAAAGUGAUCAGGAUGAAUUGGAUUUGGCGACAUUACAAAUGUCGACAUUUCAUCCAGCUCAGCAGGACUAAAGGCAUACAUCAUUUGAUUGAUUUUAUCCCAAAGCCAUGGUAGCGCUGCAGACACGUCUCAGGGUCUUCGAGAAUGUGUU